GGCAAUGCGGUGUGACAUGCGCGUCUAGUGGCAUCACAUAAUGAUAACACUCCCAACACUGCCCCGAGUCCUAUUACUUCUCUGAGUAUGAUAGACACUGGUACGUACCCAUAGUUUCUCGCACUCUCCCAUGCGGGUAACUUGAGGCAGGCAGACUCGGAGGCGCCCAUCCGAUCACUGUAACCCUCUUCCACACCGACCCAAACGAUGUCAUCCAAAAAGUCAAACACGAACAGGUUCAAACAGUCUAAGAAUGACCCAAAUGCUAAGCAACCCUCUUCUGAACCCAAGGCCUCGCUGGACGACAAUGUGAGCCAACUGCUGGGCGCCACAAUAGCGGCUAUCAAUGUUACGAAAGACCUCGUACCCAUCGACUUAGCGAAAGGUAUCCUAGGGACGGUUGCGAAUAUCUUGAUAAUUGCGCAGUCAGUGAUCAAGAACAAGUCCGAUUUCCUAGCGAUAGUCGACAGGUGCGAGACUAUCAGGGAAAUCCUUGAGAGAGCCACCAAAGGUGCUACCAACGACAAUCUGCGAGGAUACCUGGGGCAUGCUUUAUCGCAGCUUAACGUCUCAGUGAACCGCAUCAACAGUGAAGUAGCCUCAAGAAAGGAACAAGGAUUUUGGAAGAAACUCUUUUUUGUUGCGAUAGAUCGUGACCAGAUUGCUGGAUGGGAAAAGGACUUGGAUCGUGUCCUCGUACUAUUCAGCACCGAAAUGAUUGCUGGCAUCGCGAUUAGAGUGGAGAAGCUAGCUCUGGGACCGCAGGACAAUGCUAAUGGGAUCGACGGCCUAAAUUGUCGCCCAUAUAUGCCUCCAUCACGUCCUUCCAUGUUGUAUGGUCGCGAUGAUCUCGUCGCAGAGUUGAUGAACCUUGUCGUCAAUGAUGAGCAUAUUGCGUUGAUUGGUCCAGGAGGCAUGGGAAAGAGUUCUCUCGCCAAAGCUAUCCUCAACGAGUCCCCUGUCAUGAUGAAAUUUGCUGAUAGGCGCUUUUUCGUGACAUAUGACGGCCUCGAUCCUUCCACCAUUACGUUUGACACUUUUAUGACUCGUUUCGCGGGAGUUCUUGGCAUGCAGCUUGCUGGAGCUGAUCCUGUAGGCCAAAUAUCCUCAUUUCUUCGUUCUGCUACCACCCUCAUUGUCCUCGAUAAUGCCGAGACCUUUGAAGAGGCCAGCGAAUCCUCGGCCCUCAAGGAAAUACCACCAGCUAUUGCUGAAAUUGCAGACAUCCCCGGCGUCACUCUGAUUCUCACAUCGCGUAGUAGAAGGAAUGCACCCAAUGUAGAAUGGAUAACGAAGGAUAUCCCGCCAUUGGAUUCGAGUUCGGCUCAGGAGGCAUUCUUUCGAAUUUACCGCACAGCCAGUCGUAGCAAUACAGAAGAAGAAAUAACAAACCUGCUUGAGGAGUUAGAAUUUCACCCUCUUUCCAUCAAUCUACUCGCAAACGCUGCACAGCAAAACCGCUGGUCUCCACGGACGCUGCUGGAGCGAUGGAAGGAUCGGCACAGCGCAGUACUAGACCACGGGGAGGGAAAGCUGCAAAGUUUGUCAUACACCAUGGAGCUGUCGCUCAGCUCGCCGUCGGUCCAGAAACUCGGAGAGAACGGUCGGCAUGCUUUGGCUGUUAUCGCCUUCCUGCCCCAGGGUCUCAAUGAGGACCUGGCUAGCGAUUUAUUGCCAUCGCUCCCGCAAGUCAGCACUGUAUGCGAUGUUCUAUGCAUGCAAUCGCUCGUUUAUCGUCAAGACAACUUCAUCAAGAUGCUCGCGCCCAUACGCCAUUUUGUUCGAGAUUCGUUACCCCCAGAUUCCACUUGUUUGCGAGAGAUACGUGCUCUCUACUAUCGCACUGUUCAACAGUGUUCAGAAGCACGCGACAAUCCUGCUGAUAUCAUCAUCUCGGAUCAUCUCAACAUUGAGCAUGUAGUUGCUUUCGACCUUGCCUGCAUCCCUGAAGAGAUUUAUCGAGCUUGCUGGCAAUUUUUGCAGUGCUUGGAGUGGCAUGUUCCUCGCCCAACUACCCUUGCCCCGGCUAUCUUCAACAUUGUAGAGAAGUCCUCCACGUUGAUGUCAAAAGCAAAAUGCUUGUGGCAGCUAGGCUGUCUCUACUCCACUAUUUCUCAGCUCACAGAAGGAAUGAAGGCCGUCAAAGCUGCUGAGGCUCUUUACCUCACUGCCGGUGACCACGAGCAUGUGGCACACUGUGUUACCGAAUGUGCAGACACAUACAGAUCUCAAGGCCGGUUCAUUCAAUCCCAACAGGUCUUGGAGGACUUCCAACACUCCGACUCGUGGAAGCAUCUCAGCGAAACAACAAAAGCCAACACUUGGUUUUUCUUGGAUAUAGCCCGGAUGUACACUUUCACAGCAUCUGUAGAUGAAUUAUUUGUGAAGUCCAUGGAAGAUCGCAUAUUGGGCUUACGGUCCAAGAUUCGUCAUUGGGAGGCCAGAUUGUGCUACGGCGGAGACAUUGUCCAGGUGAAGACAUACCUAGAAGACCUUUUCCGGCAAUGCGCACCUCCUAGAGAUCUCACAGAAUGCAGGGAAGCACUUCGGGGCCUUGCAGAAGUUGCAUUUUGCGAAGGCAGGUUAUCCGACGCAAUGGAUAUCCUGCAGAAACUCGUAGAGAUGCUCGAGGGACAGGAUCCGCAACGUGUUCUUUGGUACACCGUGUGGAAGGCUGCGGUUGCAAGCAAGCAGGGGAAUCAUGCCCUUGCGAGGGAACUCAUCCAACAAGCCUCCAGACCACUCGAAUUCCUCGCGCUGCGCAACGCACACGCAUUUCUCCACAGAAAUUAUGCCUCAGCACGCAUCGAGCUCACCGCAGGCGAGUACCACAGCGCCGAGUCUCAAUUCACUACCACAAUCGAAAGUUGCGAUAUGCAAGGCAACCUGAUGUUUAAGGCGUACAGCCUCCGCGGACUGGGAGAGGUUGCCUUUGCGCGUGGUGACUUUGCUGUAGCUGCACAGCGCUUCGCAGAGACACGGUCUGUGUGCACUGAGAUGGGAGUAUCUCCCCAGAAUCUAUACAGUUGCAUAACAUUUAAUGCUUUGCCGGACAUAUUCAAAGGAUGGGCGAUAUUUUUGGAGGGCCGGUCGCCAUUUGCGAAUGUUAUUUAGAUCAUGGUAUAUGGUGCCUGUUGUACAAAGAUUGUAUCUUCGUUGUAUCUUUGCUGUAUUUUGUACGAUUUACUCCGAGGAGUUUCAUGAUCAUACUGACACAAACUACACCAGGUUUCAGGGGAAAGUAAAUCCCGUUCAUGCGCGUUCGAGGCACUGUGUUCAACUCUCUCCAUGACAGUGCUUUGGGCGAACUCAUAAUUUUUUCGUCGACGGUCCCAAUAUUCAAU